UGUUUUUACCCUAAUUUUACAUAAUGGCGUCUGCUCAGGCUCCAGGCUCCUCUGCGCCGUCUUCCAACAUCAACUCCCCAAUCCUGCCUCCUGGAACUGCUGCUUUCUUCAAUGGACCCUUAUCAGAUGGCAAUGCAAGAUCAUCUCCAGCACCACUAAGCACAACGUCGGCCCAGGAUGGCGUGAGGUCGAAGCGCAACAAACGCGACAGUCGAAAGAAGCGAGAGGCCAAGGGGUUAGAUCAGGAGAGCCUGCCACCAAAGAAGAAGUCGGUUGUCGUGCAUAAUACUGCAGUUGCAAGCUCAGACCUGACCAUCCUAAGGCCGCUUCUACUUGCGGAGACACGGGCAUCGGAUCGCUUACCACCUCAACCACGUCAACUGAACUUUGCCGUCCGCAAAAUGUCCGGUGUUAUCGGCCAGAGUUGGGAUUUUUAUGAAGUAGUCGAUAAACUUACAAAUAAGAAUGGCUUCCGCUACAGCUAUGCGAUCGCCGACCCGGGGUUUCCACACAUUAAAUACCGCCAGACCGAUGUCCCUCCUUACCAUGCUCGCUUUAGUUUCGAAGAUUCCCCGGCUGCUAUACUUUUCGACAAGGAAGCUUUGGCGGUCACAACCACUGAACCAUGGCAUACUGCGCGGGCUAAUGUUUGUGCGCGUGAAGGGACCUACUACUAUGAGGCUCGGAUCAUAAGUGGCAUUAUGAGUGAAUCGGAAACAGUAUCAUCCACCGGGAAUUCGUCACCACCGGCAAGGGGUCACGUACGCCUUGGGUUUGCUCGCCGAGAGGCAGACCUGGAUGUCAAUGUUGGAGUUGACUGCUACGGCUACGGAAUCCGUGACGUUAACGGUGAAGUUGUCAACCGCAUGCGCUGCGAAUACUUCUUCCCCAAAGGCGAAUCAAUUCGGGAAGGAGAUGUCAUCGGGAUGCUCAUCACCCUUCCACCCCUGUCCCUCCACAAGAAAGUUGUUGAAGGAAGCUACGAGCUGGGAUCCGACGGCGACGACACGCCAUCCACUUCCGAACCACCUUUUGCCACCAAUAUUAUCCGCGACCGCAUUCCGUUCCACUACAAAUCCGACUUUUGUUGGCAACAAUCCAACGUAUUCUCCACCAAACAGCUACGGGAUUACGCUUUCAAUCUCAAAGAAACACCCACAUUUGGACCCCCCUCGCCAUUAAACGGCGAAGACGCAUCCUUGCGCACUCUCCCGCACUCAAGCAUCACAAUAUACAAGAAUGGAGUGAAAAUGGGCACCCCGUUCAAGGAACUAUACGCCUUCCUCGCCCCCGCAAGUCGACUUGCGAACGGAACCAAUAAUCUGGGCAUCGGUGAGCGCGAGAACGCCGACGACGGCUUAAUUGGCUACUACCCAGCCGUCAGCUGCUACGGCGGCGGCGCCGUUGAAUGUCGCUUCGAGGGCCCCUGGUGGAUCGGUCCGCCCUCGCAUACGGAAACCGGGGACCCCAUCGUCGGGAUCGGCGAGCGCUUCAACGAGCAGAUCGCCGAGGACAUUGUCGCGGACAUCGUCGACGAAGUCGAGGCAAUGUUUGUCUGGGGUGGUGUCGACGGCGACGUGGUCGGGAACACGGAGAUGGAUGGCCCAGGCCCAGGCCCAGGAGCAGUCGGAGGCUCCGAGGUACUCAAGGGUGGCGGUGUUGGCGUCGCAUAUGAGUCGUCGACCCUGGCGCCGAAUGGUCCUGGAAUCGGCUCUGGACCCGCCGCCGAGAAUACUAGUACUGGCGGAGCUGAUACUCUCGGCGGCGCGGGCCGGACUUCGUUUGAAGAUGCCAUGAUGAGUGUAGGCGCGACGAGCACGCCGAAUGCAGAGGCAUCUGCUGCUGCGGAACCAGAAGAUACGGUCAUGGAUGGGGUUUAAGCGUUAUAAAUGUAUGUUAUACGAGGUAUUAAUAUCGUUCAGCUGUUGUGCUGGCUUUCAUGUAUAUCAAGGACUAUUGUAUCACACACACACAUAGAGAGAGAGAGAGAGAGAGACUGUAUUCAUCUAGUCUUUUAUACGGCUAAUUAUACAUACAAUAUACUAGUAAUAGUUACA